AUGCUUGGACUACUUGUUGCAAGUGGAUUCUCAAAGCUCCAUCCUACAUGCGAUAUUCCAUAUAAAUUCCCCGAGCCUUUGAACACAUCUGAGUAUAUUCCAGAACAUAUGGAAAUUGUACUUCGACAUGGAGCACGAACACCAAUUACAAUGUGGCUCAAGACAGAAGAAAGAGGUAAAUGGCAAUGCGAUGCAGAUGAUGCACGCGCUUCACGUAUUGAAGUUUCUCCAAGGAAGAAUGGAAGAAGAGUCCACAAAAUAUUUGAAGAGAGACUUUCCGAAUAUCCAACAAAUUGCAAUGCUGGUGAUCUAACAGUUGAAGGUAUGGAACAGCACCUCAAACUUGGUGCUGCAUUUAGAGAAUAUGCUAUUAACAAGAUCAAGCUUAUUCCUGAAUAUUAUGAUCCAAGACUUAUUUCAGCACGAGCUACAUGGUAUGAAAGAACAUACAGAUCUGGUGUUUCAUUUUUACAAGGCUUAUAUCCAGUACAAGACUCAAAUGAAUAUAUUGAUUUCCUUGUAGGUACAAAGAAUAGAGAUACAGUUCAUCCAAACAAUAAGAUGUGCCCAGAUCUCAAGAAGCUAUCAGCAGACUUCUUUGCAUCUUCAACUUAUAUGGAUGUGCAUAAUGAAGUUAUGAAGUAUGCACAGCCACUUUAUGAUUUAACAGGAAACACAGAUAAGUCACCAGAAGGUUUGGAAUCAAUGUGUGAUUGGGCUAUCACCUAUUAUUGCAAUGAACAAAAAUUAUUCCCAAUUAUUACCGAUGAAUUGAUUGAACAAUGCAGAAAGGUUCAAGCAUAUCACUUUUACAGAAUCUCAUUCUUUAAUGAAACUCAAGGUUGCGUUGGUGGUGGACCUAUUUUCAGACAGUUAUUCAAGAAUUAUGACGAAAGAGGAGAAAAGAAACUUGAUGUUAUUGCUGCUCAUGAUUCCGUUAUUGCAUUUGUAUUGUCAUCACUUGGAAUUGGAGGAGAUUGGGUAAUGACUCCGCCAUAUGCUUCAUACAUCACAAUGGAAACAUAUCUUAAGGAUGAUAAAACCUGGAUUAGAUUCACUUAUAAUGGCGAAGUAGUUAACAUAUUUAACAGGUACCAAAUUAUGGAAAUUGGAGAAUUUCGAUCAGCCAUUCAAAAUGUUCUUCAAAAUUGCUACCCAGACUUACCAUAA